CAACAGAGUCCAGAUGCAAAAGGACAACUACUGCACGCUUGCCGCUAUUUUAACGUCAAGAGGCAAGGUAAGAAGGGAGGAGGGAUGACCGUUACUGUUCCGAAUGCGGUGAGUACGUCGUCGGCGCUCCAAAGUGCGCGAGGUAGUCUGGAACGAGCUUCUCAUUGAGAAUCGUUUGGGUAUGUCAGUCUGCAGCGCGCGGUCUUCGGAUAAAAUAUCUCCGGAAGGCCCCUCUCUGACUGAAAUGCCCAUACGAAUGCGAGGCGGAUCUCCUUCCGCUUUUUUCUCCGGAAACGCGUGUGUAGCUGUGUACUCUAGUAUGAUGACGCGUACGAACUACCGAGGAACAUUGGACCCUACCGCGAGAGCCACUUGCGGUACAACACGCCCCCGCGCUCCGGGUCAAUCUCGUCCGGGGUGGUCAAGUCGUACAGAAGGUUGUGCCACUUCAUUCGGACUUGCAGAACCUCGAACAAGCCCGGUUGGCGCGCACAUUCAAAUAAAAUGUAAUAACGUGUCUCGCCCCGCGAUUGUUAUGACCUGUGGUUCAUGUAAUGAAAGAAAAAGGGACGUUGCUUUACCGACGAAAGUGAUGCUUUUGCGGAAGGACAAUUGCUUACUUGAAAAGUUGCCUGUCUUCCCCGGAAGAAAGAAACUGAGAAUCAUACAAAGUAUUUGAUUGAAGGCAAGUCCGUAAUCUUGUAAAACUUUUUAUUGUUAACGAGUACGUGUACAUUAUUAGAAUUGUGUCUCUGAUAGACGAAAUAGAUACCGUAGGCUUCUUGAGGAAUACAGUACGAUACUCAAC